AAAGAGAUUGAAUGAUAACUAGACAUCAUUUUCAUUCGUUUCAUAUUUUUCUCAGUGCGUGCUGCGAGACUUUGUGCACUAAUAUUUAAUAUAAGAAAUAAUAAUAAUCAUCUAAUUAAUAUUAGCAUAAAUUUAUAGAAAAUAUGCCUUCGGCUGCCGGAAAGUCAUCGAGCGGUUCUAUAACCGCUACUGAGAAAAGUUCAGACCCGUCGAUUAGCAGCAAUGCUGAAAGCAGCACCAGCAUUACAAAGGAAAAAAGCGUUGCUAUUACUGGAGUUGGCGUAUCAGGAUCUAAUACAAGCAUUGACAUCAAUAAUCCAAUAAAGCAGUCUAUUACUACCAUUGAACAUAAAAUACGUAAUUUGGAAAAACGCAAGACAAAGUUGGAAUCUUACCGUGCAAUACAAGCCACAGGAAAGGAGUUGAGCUCCGAUCAAAGAGCUGCGGUGGCAAAGUAUGACGGUGUGAUCGCUUCUUUGGAAUUAUGUCGAGAUCUUGCUAAACAAAUGCAGCAGUUCAUAAAGGAUGGUGAAAAGGAGCAGAAAAAGCAAGCACGCAAGGAUAUAGUAAUAAAGGCGCAAGCCGAAACGGCCAAAAUUCGUGAAGUGCUUAUUAUACAAAAUAUCCUAACUUGUUUUUCUGACGAAACCAUUCGUGCUGACUUCCUUAAUGGUGACAACGAUGCGAUUAAGUUGGAAGCAAGUGAUUUUGAAGCAUUGGAUAAAUUUUAUGUUGAUGUUCAAAUACGUCGUCCUGAAACAGUUGAUGAUGCUUUAUACGCUGCUUCUGCACAAAAAGCUGCUGAAAUCUUCUCCAUGACAAUUGAUAAUCGCCCAAAACAGUACGGAGAGACAACAUUUGAAAAUUUGCAUAAGAUUUUCAAUCAAAUUCAGGACUGUGGGUAUUUGGAUAAGAUUUACUUGCAUGGUCCGGAACCAGUUUCGGAUGAAGCAGUUGGAAAUUUGAUUGAAGAUACUGUAGCUGUAGAAGAAUCAUUGGAAGAAGGUGUAGAGAAAAUGAAUUUGUCGGAUGGUGAUAAUGGAAAUGCUGAGCUACAAUCUGUCUCAGUUUCGAGCAGUGACAGUUGUGGUUUAUUGCAAAAUCCCCUUCCCACGUUGGAGUUCACACAGCAGAAAAAUAUUGUAAAAGAAGUUGAGGGUCAGUCACAACAGUUAAAUACCCAAACUUCCACACAAACUCCAACUGGCAUGCAGGCUCCAGCGCAGGUUGCAGUUGUAACUGGGCAAAAUUUCCAACCAGGACCACCUUCCGGUACAGCAACUCCUGUCCAUUUAAAUAUGUAUCCUCAGCAAAUGCAAAUACAAGCUCCUACUCAGUUACAGCAGGUACAGCCAGGUGGUAUCAUUAAUGUGCCGCAAGUUCCACCACCACCUCAGAUAGUUGGAGGCCCACCCACGCAGCAGCGUCAACUAGCUGGUAGUCCAGUAGGAGCCCAACUAUCUCAAGGUGCAGCAAUGGCAUUGCACGGAGCCCCACAACCAGGCCAUUAUCCACCAACAACGGUACGUGCUGUCGAGCAGGGCUUUUUUAAGCAGCAAUAUUUGCAGAACAUACGUCCGUUAGCAGAAGUAAUUGGUGGUGGUAAUUUCUACUUCCUGCAGGACAGUGAGUUGGAUUCGCCGGAAAUUGGUACUGUAACAGGUAGCGGUGUACCAGUAAACAAUGUUGUCUAUGAUCAACAACAGCAACAAACUAUUCAGCUGCAGCAACAACAACAACCAGCACCUGUUAAUAUUAUGAAUCCGCAUACUGAAAUUCAUACGCCUACUGAAUUGCAUAAAGUUCAAGAAUCGCACUCGCAACAACAGUUAAUAGUAAAUAACAUGCAAACACAACAACAACCCCCCACACAACCGAUUCCAACACAAACGUUCACUAAUCAGUCAUUCCCGCCCAUUCAACAUGUACAAACACCAACAAUCAAUAAUAACAAUACCCCAACUCUAAGCAGCACCACACCAAGCCCAAUGUUUCAGCAAAAACCACAAUUAUUUUCCCCUGUUAGCACAUUGCAGCAACAACAACAACAACUUUUGCAUCAACAGGAUGUAAUAAAUGUGGGUAAUAACGCGCAGCAGCAAAUAUUGCUUAAUGACCCACAACAACAACCAAUGAUGAUUAUGGCACGAUUAGCUGCGCCUCAAGCAAGAAUACCACCUCAGCAGGCACCACCUCAAACUUUAGGUAUGCAACCAGGUGAUGUUACUACUCCUAGUGUCGGAUUUUCUUUUGAUAAUCCAGUCGUUUCAUCUCUCUCCUAUGAACAACAAGUUCAACAACUGGCAGCAACAGGAGCUUUGAAACCGAAUCCAACAGAAGAAACUAAAGGCACAGAGGAAACUCAUAACUUCAGUUCCGAUUCAGUUAAAGAAUGGGAAGCUUCGCUUACUUCAACACGUCCAGUAACAAAUAGUUCAUCGUUAGCUCAAACAAAUGCUACUGCUACUGCCGCUCUUACAAAUGUUUUGAAACCAGGGGGCUUAGAUGGUAAGUGGAGUACUGAAGUAAGUAGUGUAGUAGCACCGCAGCCAUCAAAUAUAGUACCACGUAAGAAUGAAUGGGCCAGUGGUGGCAACAACAACAACAACAACAAUAAUAAUAAUAAUGGCGGCGGUGCCAACAGUUAUGGUGAAGCAUCUACAUCAUCCGACAAUUCGCAUGAAACUAACCAUUGGAACUCGAAUCAACCAGAUGGCGGCUAUGGUGGACGCGGUGGUGGUCGAGGCCCUUAUCAACGUCGUGGCGACGAUCGACGUGAUCGUGAUGACCGCCGUGAUGAUCGUGGACGAACAGGAGGAAGCGGUGGAUAUCGUGGUCGACCUAACAAUUACUCAUCACAGCAAAACGGUAACCGUGGUAAUGGCAGUAGUGGUAUGUACUUCAGAAAUAAUGAGAGUUCCUCAACCGGUACAUAUUACCAAAAUGGUGGUGGGAACAUUUACGGUAAAGACAACACCCGUUAUGAGGGCUCCAACAACUACCGCAACACUCGUAACGGCUCUAAUGUUCGUGGCAAUGGACCACCGCGUGCAAUGGGACGCAACAAUAAUGGUAGUAACAAUGGUGGUUCCUCCAAUGCAUCUUAUAUGAAUCCCCGACAAUCCAAUAGGAUGCCCAUGGGUGGUGGCUUAGACAAAAACUAAAACAAGCAGCAUUUUAUUUGUUUU